UCUCUUUAGUGACGUUUUUCGCGUCUUCUCCGUCUCCAGGGGGGCCUCCGCUGUAGGUUCCCUAGUGGAGUCCACUUUCUCUCGGGCGUUCUCCUUCCUCGUCCAAGAUGGCAACGCUAAGUGUAAACAAAAUCGGGUCUGGCGCUGGGAUGGAUGCCGGGAACAGGCACAGCCGGAAUCCGGCGGGGCCUGUUGUGAAGGUUUUGGAAUGUGGAGUCUGUGAAGAUGUAUUUUCAUUGCAAGGAGACAAAGUUCCCAGACUUCUUUUAUGUGGUCAUACUGUCUGUCAUGACUGUCUUACUCGACUUCCUCUCCAUGGUAGAGCAGUUCGGUGUCCUUUUGAUCGACAAGUUACUGAACUAGGUGAUUCUGGUGUAUGGGGAUUGAAAAAAAACUUUGCUUUGUUGGAACUCCUGGAGCGAUUGCAGAAUGGAUUAGGUGGUCCGUGUGGAACAAUUGAAGAAACUAUUGGCCUAUCCGGAGAGUGCAUUAUCCGAUGUGAUGAAGAUGAUACUCAUCUGGCUUCUGUGUACUGCACUGUUUGUGCUACUCACCUGUGUACAGACUGUUCCCACCUUACACAUUCUACAAAGACACUAGCAAAACACAGACGUGUGCCCCUUGCUGAUAAGCCACAUGAAAAGACGAUGUGUUCUCAGCACCAAGUGCAUGCCAUUGAAUUUGUAUGUUUGGAAGAAGGUUGUCAGGCCAGUCCUCUUAUGUGUUGUGUUUGCAAAGAAUACGGAAAACACCAGGGUCAUAAACACAGUAUUUUGGAACCAGAAGCAAAUCAGAUCCGCGCUUCCAUUUUAGAUAUGGCUCAUUGUAUAAGAACUUUCACAGAAGAAAUCUCAGAUUAUUCUCGGAAACUAGAUGGAAUUGUACAACAAAUAGAGGGAGGAGAACAGCUCUUCGAAGAUGGUAUAGGAAUGACCCAUACAGAACAUAUUCCAGGCACUGCAGAGAAUGCUCGGUCAUGUAUCAGAGCCUAUUUUUCUGACCUUCACGAGACUCUUUGCCGCCAAGAAGAAAUGGCACUUAGUGUGGUAGAUGCACAUGUGCGAGAGAAAUUGAUCUGGCUUAGGCAACAGCAAGAAGAUAUGACUAUCCUGUUAUCACAAGUUUCAACUGCAUGUCUUCACUGUGAAAAGACUUUACAACAGGAUGACUGUAGAGUUGUUUUGGCUAAACAAGAGAUUACAAGGCUUUUAGAAACAUUGCAGAAACAACAACAACAGUUUACAGAACUUGCAGACCACAUUCAACUUGAUGCUAGCAUUCCAGUUACUUUUACAAAGGACAACAGAGUACACAUUGGACCAAAAAUGGAGAUUAGAGUGGUGACCCUUGGAUUAGAUGGAGCAGGCAAAACUACUAUUUUAUUUAAACUAAAACAAGAUGAGUUCAUGCAACCCAUUCCAACUAUAGGUUUUAAUGUUGAGACAGUAGAAUAUAAAAACCUGAAAUUUACUAUUUGGGAUGUAGGUGGCAAACACAAACUGAGGCCUUUAUGGAAACAUUAUUACCUCAAUACACAAGCUGUGGUCUUUGUCAUUGAUAGCAGCCAUAGAGACAGAGUCAGUGAGGCACACAGUGAACUUGCCAAACUAUUAACAGAGAAGGAGCUGCGUGAUGCUUUGUUACUGAUCUUUGCCAACAAGCAGGAUGUGCCAGGGGCACUGUCAGUAGAAGAAAUCACAGAAUUACUGAAUCUCCACAAACUUUGCUGUGGUCGUAGCUGGUACAUUCAAGGUUGUGAUGCCCGAAGUGGCAUGGGACUUUACGAAGGACUGGAUUGGCUUUCAAGGCACCUGGUAGCUGCAGGUGUACUGGAUGUGGCUUAAGAGAGCCAGUAAGCAUAAAGAUUAGUUGUUUAUUUAUGUGAAUUGAUAUGAUCAGAUACGAACUUCAUCUAAACCUGUUAAUCCUUAAAAACAUUUUGUUGGAAUGCUAGACUGAAGCACAGUGUAGGUAUAACUUGUGUAAAUUACAGUAACCAAACAGAGUGAUCUAAUGUAUUUGUGGGAAAGGUGCCUUAAUUUCUUUUAAAGAAAUUUGAACUGAGGAUCUUCAGCCUUCCCUAUUAAACAUCCUUCUCUCAGGACUUAGCAUCUAUUUAAUUCUACUUCUUUCAGUGAUGGCCUUGCUGCAUUCACUUGCUCUCGCAGACUUGGGUGCAUGUAUAACCAUUAUUUCACAUUACCAACAUAGUUUACUAUAUAUUAAAGCGAAGCAAGAACUGAUUGAACAAAUGCUUGGUUUUGGUUAAUAGCUCUUGCUCUUAAAAUUCAAGCCCAUAUCUAUACUAGUAUACUAAUAACAGUUUUCCACUUGUGCUAUAGACUUACUAUUGCUUACUAUUGCUUUUAUGUAUUUCUUUUAUUCUUAAUUUGGAUGCUGCUUUUGAGGAAACUCUUCUCUGAUAUUAAAUAAUUAUACAUUUUUGCACAUAUCAUCUAGGUAAAAUUUCCUAUAAACAUAGGAUUUUUUUGGUCUGUAUCUUGGAAAAACUGUUGUGCUGAUCAAAGACUUAUUACUGUUAUUUUGCAAAUGUGGCUUACAAAGUAUAUAUUGAGGCUGCCUAAAAUUGCAUUAAUACGACACACAUGUUAAUUUUUAGAUACAUUUAGAAAUUUCUAAUGUACAAAUAUUCCAUCCAUUCAGAGUUAAGAAAGGAUUAAGUAUAAUAUCUGACAGAUUUGAAGUUACUCUGACCCGUUCAUAAAUAUAUUGUGUGCUUUAAUUGCACAUGAUGAUUUUUUAACUUGUUGAAAUCAUAUAGCCUAUUUAAUUGUGGUUAAUUUUUCUUGCACACAUUACUUGUUACUGGUGUGCUUUCGAUAAAUUAUGAGCAGCCUUGAAAAUGCAGAAAUAAAUAACAGUAGUGAAAUAGGACCUCCACUAAUGUAGUUGAGAUGAGAAGUUUAAAAAUUAAUAGUGCAGGUUGUAGCAAACAUGGAAGAUUCAACAAACCAUUUGUUCAACUCUAGAAAGGGCAGGAAAUUUUUGCCCAGAAAAAAAUGCAUUCUAAUAAAAAUGGAGAGGAAAAUGAAGGCAGUCUCUUGAAUAUUAAAAUGAUAAGAGCAGCAUUUCUCAACUUAAUUAUUUACAAAGAUGUCAAAGUUACACAUUCUCACUGUGAAUUGUGGGAAAUGUACCAGCCCAUCCAAAUAGUUUCAGCUUAGAUAAAAAGUGUCCUGACUGUUUUAUUUGCUUUUUCAAUUUUAUGUAGACUGCUUCUGCUACAUGCCUUUCUUGUUUCUUUCUCUUUUCACAUUAUUUUUUACCAAAAUUCUCUGUAGGGGUUGGGUUUUUACAUCUUUGACAGAUUGCUGUCUCUUAAAUUUCUUGUAAUAAAAAUUCAUGAAAAGCCCCUAUCCACAGAUUGUUUGUCUUCUACUAUACUUAUCUUAGUUGGGAUGUUGUUG